AUGGAAGAGAAUUACUUUAUUAGUAAUCAAGAUGAAGAUAAUACUUGCUGUUGUUCCUGUUGGCGAUUGCUCUGCUCGAACUUUAAACCUAGUGUAGUCUAUAUUGAUCCAGCUACUUCAAAUUUCUCUGUUAACUCAUAUAUCGACGACGAUAGUGGCAACAUCAUGAAUCCCGUACCAAUUUCUGUUAUUCGACAAUUUAUGAGAGAAAAUCAAGGUUGGUCAGGCCCAUUUAGUACUACUUAUGAAAUCGUUUCGGAUAGAAAGUUAUAUGCUUUUAAGAAAUGGAAUAGUGAGGUUUAUUAUAAUUCUACUGGUAUUUUAAUGCUUAAUAAGGAUUCCAUAGAUGAAAGAGGAGUGGCAAAGUUAUCGGACGGAUGCAUAUAUCGCAAUAUUAUCAGGCAGUCGCAGUUAACUUUACCUUGCCAAAUUGAUAAGAUGGGCUACUGUUGCGAAGAAGCUCUAGCUGGAACAGUUACUUUCUCUAAUGAUAUAUUUAGCUUUGGGGCGAAAGAGUACUUGUUAAAUACUCCUUAUAAGAACUGGAAAUACCUUAAAGAUAAAAGAAUAUCAUGGAAGAAACAAAUUAGUGUAUUAUAUACUUAUCGUCCAAGGAAAAAACUCUUAAAUUUAGCUUCCGAUUGUCUUAAUGAAACUGCUCAAGAUCGACCUAGUAUCCAAAAAGUAUAUGAAUGUUGUCAGCAGUUAUUGAAUAAGAUGGAUAAGUAG